CUGUGUUGGAUGGUUCAACUCUCCUCCCGGUGCAAAGUAACACCCUAAUCGAGCACCGCUGGCCCAAUUCACAUCCACUGGUACGCUUGACCCCAGAUUCUCAUAGUCCCUAGGGUCCUAUGGUUGUUCCUUCUCCUUAUUCUUCAUUGGCAAACCUUGAGCUCUUCUUCUAGCCUCUUGGGAGCCAUUGUUAAGAUUUGGGGUAGUGUGCUAUAAUAUUGAAGUUCAUCAUGACUCUUCUUGAAGUGAUUAAGGCGGCCUUAGCCACUCACGAACCUCGUGGAUUGCAGUCUGAUUAUCCAUUCAUUCUCAAUCCUGAUGAUGUUUUCCCCGAGUUGAAACUGAAACAUGAAAACUCAGAUUGCACAGCCCUUGCCCGUCCCAUUACUGGGUGGCAACUCCAGCAAACUGAUUCUCAACUCAUUGAUUCGGCCAAAAAGUUCCAUAAGAAACUAAGGCGGAAGCUAAAGGACACCAAUAGUUUUGAUGGCAAUGAGUUUAUUCAGUUGUUGAACCAGUUUCUUGCAAAAAAUAGCGAGAGCCUUGGGAUUUCAAUCGGGGUUAAUUCUUCUGACAAUGGCUAUCCUCUGGUUUUGCUUGAGAAGGUAGGAUUCUUGAUGGGUCAAGAUGUGUCGGGACUGGUUUUGGAAGCAUGCAUCAGUUUUGAGAUUUGGGAUUUUGUGGAGACUUUGAUUGUAAAUGGCCUUAUUGAGAAAUCGUACUAUUCGAAUUUGAUUACGAGUCUGGCAGCAAAGAAGAGGUCAGAUUUGCUUUGUCUUUGUAUUAGGCAUGCUCCGGAUCUUGGUUCAUCCGAAUUGCUUUGCAUUUUGAAGUAUUUUCUUAGUUCAUCAAAGGAUGCUUAUGGUAACAUGACGUGUGCAAAGACAGAGUGGGAGAGCCAGGCGUUGCUAGCUAUUGAGAGAGUAAACGAUAGAAAUCUUAGUGGAAAGAAAUUGCACAUGGCAAAGGACGCUUCAAUUUUACUUAUGAUAGCACAUGACGACUUCUUGGUUCCAGAGCUAUGUUUGCAUUAUGUGCUAGCAUCGUCAAAUGUUGAUGAGUUAAUCUUAUCAUCUUCUGUUAGCAAGUUGAAUGGUCAAGAGAUGAUGAAUCUGAUUAGAUAUUUGGGUAAAUGGUUGAAGAAAUAUGAGAGGUUUCCCCAGGCCAUGCCGUGUCCUAAAGCUUCGUCUCUGCUAGGUUUGAAAGCCUGUGAUUGGGUUCCUAAGAUGGAAGAUGUUGUAAGAUGCCUUUGCUUAGUACUGGAUGAAAACUUCUCCUCUUUGGUUUUGCUUCCAGAGUUUCAUGAGGAGCUAAAAUCUAUGGAGAGAGUGGUUCACUCUCUAGCCUUGGAAGCAAAAGUAAGUUGUUCGCUGGGGAAUGUCAUAGACAGUUUGAGAUUUGAAGCCAAAGGUGAGCAAAAUUAGUGGUGACACUAAUAUUUUGUAUUGCUCAAAUUCUCGUAGUUGGGUAUGCCUUUGAUAUUGAGCUUUGAAUUCGCAUUCGGAUCGGAGUAUGCUUUGAUUAAAUUAUUCAGUGAAUAUGUUGAUUGAGGACUUGCAAUUCUGCCUUUGCUUGACAUAAUUGUUAAGACUUUACUAAUCCCUACUAUCAUGUCCUAUUUGUGUAUGUGAAAUGCAAAAACUUGGGAAAACUAAUCAUUAUCAUUCAUA